GGCACAUCAACAACAAUAAUUAACAGUUGUUGCACUUGCACUAAAUACUCGUAAAACUUUAUAAAAGCCAACAGAACGACACAACAUUUUCAGUGCGAUUUUGAAUGGUGGUUGACUGAGAUUGCUGGCUGUAACAAACGGCAAAGAACCGGGUGAUGACUGUGAUGAAGAUACAACGAACAAAUUGCUCAUGUUUCUAAAUGCGGAUAUGUCCAGCAUUUUUGAAAGAUGUUUAUAAUGGUAUUAAAGGAUACUGAAAAGUGCUUGGAAAAGUGUAGUUUUUAUUAAAUUAUGAGUUUAUGUUAUUUCCUAAAUCUGAAUAAUGAAAGUUUUAAGAAUAUUUUCCAAUAGUGCAAAAGAUAAGGAAAAUAAAAAGAAUCCAUACAAAUACAGCGAACGAAUUUCUACUGAUUUAUGGGGUGACCAUCGAAUAAGUUAAAUAAGACAUUUGAAAGGUGAUAAAUUACGAUUAAUUACCGGUGCGUAAGCAGCAUUUGUACUAUGCAAAACGUUGAGCCUCAACCCACAAUUCUUACGAAUGUUGAAAACUUGGAUUUAGCAAAGGUGGGAAAGGCAACCUCUUCGAGCCAUUUAAAUCGAAUAUCGUUGACUGACGCUACGAGUAAAACUGAUAAAAUUAAAAGAUCGGAAUGCGAAUGUGUUCAAUCAGAUCCCGAAACGCGUCGAAAAAGUAAGGCUCGUUCGCGCUUAACUUCAGCAUUACGUAAACUUUCAGGCCGAAAAAAAUCCACGAUCAACAAAGAUACCUCCACUGAAAGCUCAAUAGCAGGUGAGCCAUUUUGCGAGAUCUUAUCGGCGCCAGAGACGUUGGCAUCUAGCGGUGGGGAAGAUAUUGGUGACACCAAUGCAUCUACAUCGCCGGAAUCCAAAACUAAAAAGAAAAGUAAGUUAGCAAAACGUUUUCUGCUUAGCGGUUUAAAGAAAUCAAAACGCAAUAACAAGAAAAGUAUUGAAGAAGAUGAGGAAGGUGACGUAGUGCAUGGAAGUCAAGAAGAAACUCCAACUGAAAACGUAAAUGAAGCAGAUUUAUCGGAUGAUAAUUUUAAAGACCAUACAAAACGUAAAGUAACAAUUAGUGAUUUUGAGCGAUCCAGUUUUCGAGCGACAACCACAGAAGAGAUUGUCUUGCAAGCGUCAGCUGAAACUAACGUCCAAACGGUUUCAUCAAGCGAAACGGAUUAUCUGUCACCCAUUGAAGAUAAAGCACAGCCAAAUACUGACGAAAGUGGCGGCGACAUUAAGAGUGGAGGUGAGAUAAAAAAAACGUCUGCAACGUUAGCAGAGAACAUAACCACCGCAGCAUUGGCUGGUAAAAGCCAAGGUAAGAAGAAGAAACUUAAAACGAAGAAAAGUAUAUUUAAAGAAGCAGCAGUGACCAUAAUAAAGACGACUGCUACUACCACUAGCGGCAGUACUGUACCAAAUUCUACACAAAAACUCUCAGCUGCAACAGUACAAGAAACUCCCGCAUCACGAGCAACGACAAUAACUACUGACGAAAGAUUUGUUAUCACCCAGUGUACACUCGAUACACCGCCAAGCGAGCGCGCUCCCACCAAACCAAAUAGAGUAGCUAGCAUUGCACAGUCUUCAACUGCAGCAAUUAAUCCGACGUCGACUAUAACAGGUGCCGUGCGUAAAAAUAGCCCUCGCACAACGCCUACAUCCUCCAUCUCUCUUGGUUGUGAAAAACAUACAGGCUUCGGUGCUGUUAGUAUAGCGGCAGUCGUAGCUGGUAGGAGACAUCGCGCAAAAGGCGGUAAAUCUUCAGGUCAUCAAGCGUUGAAUAGAUUAUCAUCCAUUAAAGUAAAUAGCUCAACUGGUGUGGCAUUCACAAACAACAGCAAUAAGGGCGCUCCGACAACAAGGACACACAAAGUCAAAGAAACUGAAACUGAAACUGAGUUGAUGCACAGUUCGAAUGAUUUGCAACGCGGUCAUCGUUUUCCCAAGCCCAGCGCAAUAGCACUAAGCCCAUUAAGUGCAAACAACGACAUAAUAGCUGAUUCAAAAGCAUCUGAGUCAGCGACCACAGAAUCACUAAUUCAUAGUAACGUAAUAUCAAAGCUGGCAGCCUCUAUUCCAACGACAUACCAAACCACAAAUGAUCAAACAGUAAUAACGACUGCAGCUAAAGAUUCAAUCGAACAAAACCGCACGAAGCCAGAAAACUUUACUGUUUCGAUAGAAGCGCCUUCCAAGGGGGUCGAAUCUACAAGCUCAUUGAAAGCAAAUCAGAAACAUAUACAAUUUCACUUGGAAUAUCAAUCAGCAUUCGACGAGAAAUCGCAUCAAAUCAAAGACACACAGCAGCAGCAAAAGCCGCAGCCUAAGAGACAGCAACACCAAGUGCUUAUUGCACCACUUCAACUCUCGGAAGACGAUACAGUCUCAUCACCGCAAUAUUUUGAUUCGGAUGAGUUAUUGUCGUCAAAUUACCAACCACCAUCAUCUUACUCGCCACCAUCAAAAUCAACAAUUACUUCGACUAAAUCUGAAAUUCAAACAUCGACACAUAUCCGUCACCCAUCAUCGAGCAAAUUCAUAUUUCCAGAUCCAGGCGUAUACAACGACAUCUACACGGACAAUUCAGAAGCUUUAUUAUUCGUUGCUAACGAAUCAGUUACCACAGCGAAUAGCAGUGGCGCAGACGACUUCGUUUCAUCGGCGGAAAGUGUACAACCUAGCGAUUAUUCGAGCAAUAAAAUACACAGUCCCAAUUUUUCAGGACACCCGUUGAGAAGCGAUUUCAAUCGCGAAGAACAAGAAUCUCAUAGUCCUCCCUUGCAGGCAACAGUACGUUUUGCCGUUGGCAGCGAAGUACGACCGCAAACUUCAUCUUUCGUUGGUCCUUUGCACGAUCCCAGUUCCUACGAUUCGAAUCCAAGUAGCGACUCACGUAGUGAAUCGAGCCGGCGGUAUAUACGUUACGUAUCACAGCCGAUAAACUUUGACGAAAAUUUCGAGCUCAAUCAGCAAGCUCAAGCUAUAACUAGUGAAUAUUCCGUGGAUUCAGAAUACGAUUCAGGCGAUAAUCAGAUGCCGGCUUUUGGCGAUUUAACCAUGGAGCAGGAUAUAGAACCGACAAUUAUGACCUCUGCGAAUACAGAAAAGCGUGAGCAUUUGUACAAAAUUCUAGUCAUAGGUGAAUUGGGCACCGGCAAGACGUCAUUUAUCAAACGCUAUGUGCAUCAGUUUUUCAGUCAAAAUUACCGGGCCACAAUCGGUGUGGAUUUCGCGUUAAAAGUAUUACAUUGGGAUCCAAAUACAACCGUUCGUUUGCAAUUAUGGGAUAUAGCUGGUCAGGAGCGUUUCGGUAAUAUGACCCGUGUUUAUUACAAAGAAGCCGUUGGUGCUUUUAUUGUAUUCGAUGUAACCCGAAGUGGCACAUUCGAUUGUGUGAGUAAGUGGAAAGAGGAUUUGGAUUCUAAAGUUCAACUACCAGAUGGCAGCCCUAUACCCUGCAUAUUAUUAGCUAAUAAGUGCGAUCAGGAGAAGCAAGGCAUUGUUACAUCUCCAGAAAAAAUGGAUGAAUAUGUGCGUGAGAACGGUUUCGUUGGUUGGUAUGAGACAUCAGCAAAGGAAAAUAUUAACAUUGAUGAGGCUGCCCGUGCUUUAGUGAACAAGAUUUUACUAAACGACAAAUUGAUCAGCGCAGCCGAUCUAGCUGAUGGCGAGAAAUUUAAUUUGAAUAGCUCCAUGGAACAAUCAACAACGGAAAGCAAGAGCAAAUGUUCCUGCUGACCAGUUAAUGUAGAUAGAGUUAUAACUAACUAAAUGAAGGGAUAUCUAACACAUGCUAUAUUCUGCUGGGAAACCGAAAUGAAGCAAUUCUAGAUUGAUUGAAUGGUGUUUCAGUGUUAAACUUAUUUUAUUUCAUGCAAGCGUUUUUGAAUUGAAUAUCUGGCUAAUUACUUGUAACCGAAUACAUAAUGAUAUGGUAUACGACAAAUUUAAAAAAUUAAAAAUAAAAAAUGGAAAAAUAAUAUUUAUAUUAACCAUUUUUUAAACAUAAAAAUCGUUAAUUACAUAAAUAAAUGCAUUAUACACUUAUAAACUCUUGAAAUAUUCAUAAAUUUUAUCUUUAGCUCUUAAGUAUGCAUAUUACACAUAUAUAAGUAAUGUUUGUAAAUCCUAGUAAUGAAAGUAAUAUUAAAUUACAUAUUUGUAGACGAUUUACAUAUUUUCUACGCUCGCGUCUGCGAUAUAUUCUCCAAACGUGUAUGGCUACGUAUUUAUAUACCCGUAGUCGUACUUGUAUAUUUCAGUGCCUUAAAGCACGCAAAUAUCUACUAGGUACUUUUAAAUGAUUGUUAUGUUAAUAUUUUUUAUCAAAUAAAAUUAAAAGAGAUUUUUAUUGUAGAUAGCAAACCGUGUAAAA